AUGAAGUCUUUCGUUGAUGUACCUUCCGACAGCCAUUUCCCCAUCCAGAAUUUGCCCUACGGAAUAUUCUCAACUGCUGACAACGAGACCCACCGCAUUGGAGUAGCAAUUGGGGACUUGAUUUUGGAUUUGUCAGUUAUUUCUCACUUGUUCUGUGGACCAAUCCUUGUUGGCCAUCAGCAUGUAUUCAAAGGGCCAACUCUUAAUGCUUUCAUGGGCCUAGGACUUGCUGCAUGGAAAGAGGCAAGAGCAACCCUCCAAACACUACUAAGUGAAGAGAACCCCAUAUUGAGGGAUGACUGUGCAUUGAGAGCAAAAGCAUUUGUCCCUCAAAAUGCAGCCCACAUGCACCUCCCAGCCACCAUUGGAGACUACACUGAUUUCUAUUCAUCCAUUGACCAUGCUACUAAUGUUGGGAUCAUGAUGCGUGGAAAGGAAAAUGCUCUUAUGCCUAACUGGAAAUAUCUUCCUGUUGGUUACCAUGGCCGAGCAUCUAGUGUGGUGGUAUCUGGCACCCCGGUCCGACGGCCCAAUGGCCAAACUAAGCCAAAGGAUGAUGAGCCCCCAACAUUUGGACCGUGCCGUCUCAUGGACUUUGAGCUUGAAAUGGCAUUCUUUGUUGGGCCUGGAAAUAAGAUGGGAGACCCUAUCAAAGUCCAAGAUGCCCAGGAACACAUCUUUGGCAUGGUGCUCAUGAACGAUUGGAGUGCGAGAGACAUCCAGAAAUGGGAGUAUGUGCCUCUUGGACCUUUCCUGGCAAAGAACUUGGGCACCACCAUCUCUCCAUGGGUAGUUAGCAUGCAAGCUCUUGAACCAUUUCUUGUUGAUAACUACUCCCAAGACCCUGAACCCUUCCCUUACCUGAAACACAAUGACAAAUUCACAUAUGAUAUUAAGCUGGAAGUUGGCAUCCGACCUGAAGGUAGUAAUCACCUAGGAACAGUCUGCCGUAGCAACUUCCGAUACAUGUAUUGGACAAUGAAACAACAGCUGGCUCACCAUACCAUCACAGGCUGUAAUGUCAGGCCCGGAGAUCUUAUGGCUUCAGGAACAAUUUCUGGAUCAAGUGAGGAAUCUUUUGGCUCGAUGCUGGAACUCUCAUGGAAGGGCAGCAAAACAAUUGACCUUGGCAAUGGAGUUACUCGGAAAUUCCUUCAGGAUGGAGAUGAAGUUGUUAUAUCCGGGUACUGUCAAGGGGAUAGUUACAAGGUUGGCUUUGGCAAUUGCACCGGCAAAGUGCUUCCUGCACAUCCUCUUUAGACUUUGGCUGCAACUGACUUGCACUGGGAUGAUAAGGAUUAGCAGCUUGAUUUAGAAAAAUAAAAAUCUUUAGUUCUAGCAGAUCCCUAAUUAAAAACUAAUAUAUAUAUAUAUAUAUAUAUAUAUAUAUAUAUAUAUAUAUAUAUAUAUAUAUAUAUAUAUAUAUAUAUAUAUAUAAUGUUAUAUUUUACAUGGUAUGAUUUGUCACCAGGCUCAAGUAUUAAGUGAAUGUUUUGAAUAUUUACCAUGGUAAUAUCACUGCAUGUAAAUGCUGAAGAUAGUUGUGAAUAUCUUUAAUGUAUUUUUCUAGCUUUUGAUUAUAGAUUGCGAUAUGUUGGGAAAUGUUGCAGUACUUCAAUAAAUGUCUAAUAACUUUUU